AUGACGAAAAUCUGGUUCUCUAUUUGUGUCACAUUCUCUUUUGUUUCUGUUCAUGCUGCAGGUUUGGGAAAAACUAAGAGGAAGACGAGCGCCCGUGAUGCUUCCCCAACGCCCAGCUCGGACACGGAGUACCCCUCCAAUGGCAGCGGGGGCGGAGGAGGAGGAGGAGGAGGCGCUGCUGAGAGGAUCUAUGACCUCAACAUCCCCGCCGUAGUCAAGUUUGCCUACUCGGGAGAGAGAGAAGACGAGCUGACCCUCGUCAAGGGCUCCAGGGUCAUCGUGAUGGAGAAGUGCAGUGACGGCUGGUGGCGGGGCAGUCAGACGGGCCGCGUGGGCUGGUUUCCCUCCAAUUAUGUGCUGGAGGAGCUCGGUGGGGCUGACGACCGAGAGGAAGGAGAUUCCUCGCAGGGCUACCAGGGAGGCUCUCUGGGGACUCUGUUGGCCAAUGGGCGUGCCGGUGGCCGCGGUGCAGUGCUCCACUUGGUGCAAACACUCUACCCCUUCAGCUCUGUGACAGAGGAGGAGCUGAACUUUGAGAAGGGCGAGGUCAUGGAGGUGGUGGAGAAGCCAGAGAACGACCCGGAGUGGUGGAGGUGUAAGAACUCGCAUGGCAUGGUGGGCCUGGUGCCUAAAAACUAUGUGGUGGUGCUGGACGAGCGGCCCGGCCCGCCCUCCUCUGCGCCGAGCCUCCCGCAGAACCGCUCCGUGGCUCCAGCGCGCUCGGGGAAGUUCGCUGGGAGGGACUGGUACUACGGCAACAUCACCAGACACCAGGCGGAGUGCACACUCAACGAGAGAGGAGAGGAGGGCGACUUCCUCGUGCGAGACAGCGAGUCAUCGCCCAAUGAUUUCUCUGUGUCUCUGAAGGCGGCCGGUAAGAAUAAGCACUUUAAAGUGCAGCACUCGGAGGGAGUGUACUGUAUCGGCCAGCGCAAAUUCGGCUCCAUCGAUAAACUAGUGGAGCACUACAAGAAGGCCCCCAUCUUCACCAGCGAACAUGGCGAGAAGCUGUACCUGGUCAAAGCGCUGUUGUGAUUCACACAUCCUCACAUCUACACUGGAUCUCACACACACACACACACACACACACUAUACACAUAUAACUCUAAUGCCACCCCCUUAACUGUCUUAACUCAAGCCUUAGCUCUAGAGCCUCUCGCUGUGGCCGUAGGUACUACAUCCAGUUCUUCUCUGUCGCCUUCCAGUGGUGAUCAGGUGAAAGUCUUUCUAGCUCUCCAGCCGAGCAGUUAACACCAAGAUGGCGAGCACCGUGUCAGGAACUACCCAGCUCCAUGCAUGUCCUUCAUGUACGGCACAGUGCGUAGUAAUCCUCUCUCUGUCCGCUGGAUGUGCUAAACAUGUGCAGUGACCACAUCUGCUGCUAACAGAACGCCUGAGGCCUUGUUGG